UACGUUCGGCUUUGAAAUUAUUUGUCUUGACAUUUUCGUUUUUUAAUCUUGUAUUUUAGAUUUGAUAUCUUCUGCAGAUUUGGCCUUUUCGCAUAAAACCAAAUUAGUCGUUAUAGCUUAUGUUCAAAAUGAAUGUGCCACACGAGGCUCCGAGCGGUGAGCUGAAGAAGAGCAAGGGCAGCCUGGACCUGAAUGGGCGCUUUAUAGCCGAACAGCUGACCAAAACGGAGACUCGCCAUGGUUCGGCUCUGCCAUUAGAUGAAAAGAAAAAAUCCCACCUAAUUAUCGAGAUGAAGCUGGCUGAGAAGCCAUCCUUGAGGCUGUGCAGCAAGCCGCCCAGCGACAUGGAACACUUCAGCAUGGAGCACAAUUUCGAUGCCAAGGAUUUCUUGGAAAUGUCCGAGUCAAGCCUGGAACUCAUUGAGGAACCACACGGCAGGCGUCAAUAGCAAGACCCAAAGUUGAUUAAGGACCUAGCCGUAUAGCCGAACCCGAUUGCCCGGAUCGAACACUCAACGCAAACCAGUUCCAUCAUAUUGUUUUCCGCAAAGGAAUCCAAGGCAAUUUGAAACCUUGCUAGUCCCCGAAAAUGUUUUGUUAAACAGCGCAAACGACGCGAGCGAAGUGCAGCUCCAGAACUCAAGGAUUCCCCAGUUCCAGACGUGCUCCUUCGAGCUGACCCAUGCUGGCUAUCACAAAAUGAGAGUCCAAUAUAAUGUGUAGGAUAAAUUUUGAUCGUUGACCCAAGUAUAACAUAAAUUUUAUUAGUUCAAAA